AUGAAGAUUUCGGGUUGGGGAGGAGCUGAAAUAAUAUGUCUCGAGAACUACGGCAUUGAGUUGGCUGUGGUUGACCCCGCUAUAUAUGGCUAUGGCGGGAAAGAUUGGUAUGGGAAGUUUGGCUUGAUGUUACAUACAGCUCAGGAGCUCAACAUGAUUGUGGACUUCGCACUUGGUCCAACGCAAGGUGCUUCCAUCCCGAUUCUCGACCCAGAUUCUCCGGGAAUGAACACCGAACUAGCAUAUGGUGCUGUCAAUCUCACAUCAGGACAGGCGUUUAAUGGGACAUUGCCACCUCCAAAGAAUGUUGAUGCUGGGUACGCCAAUGCUCCCGACUUCUACCCUCCCUUCAUCAAUUACACCAACAAGUUUGUCGCAGCGGUGGUCGCACGGAAGAGCACAACACCUUCUGUUGAUCCAAGAGUCAUUCAGCUUGACUAUGACGGCGUACAAGAUAUUACACAUCUUGUCGUCGAUGGCAAAGUCACUUACAUUGCUCCCAAUGAUGGUUCCGAAUAUGUGCUUCUCAUCUUUUGGCAACGGCGAACAGGAUAUCUUGCAGCACAAGGUGCAUUCAACAACGCAACGUCUCCAGAUAACCCUGCUUCAUGGUUCGCAUAUGUGGUGGAUCAUUUUAGUCAGGAGGGCACGGAUCUUUGGACUUCUUUCACAGAGAAAUACGUGAUGGGUGGCGAAAAUGGUGAACUGCUGCGACAGCUUGGAGUGUUUGCUUGGGAAGACUCAGCAGAAUUUAGGGCAACGCUCUUCUGGACUGAUAAAUUCCAGACAUAUUUCCAGCAAUCAAGAAACUACAGCGUCGUCCAUUCUCUGCCGAGUCUCUUCGGUACCACAGGAGUACCGCCAAGCACUCUAAUCAACGGAUACUACUAUUAUUCAUUCACUGACGCAAAUGGCACCGAUAUUGGAGAGAAACUUCGCAAUGACUACCGUCAGGUAUUGCAAGAACUGUACGAGAAGUUCCAUCUCGACGGAUUAUCUUCCUGGUCAGCCAGCUGGGAUCUUCAGGGAAGCGUUCAACCCUACGCGACCGCUCCGAAUCUUGCACCUCCUUGGGAUAUGACCUCGGCAGCAGCCCACAUUGAUGCUCCGGAAACGGAGUCAAACUACUUCGAUGGAAUUAUUGAUGCAGUGAGGGCUAUGGGAGGUGGAGCGAUGAUGGGCCAGAAACAGAUAUAUUCAUCGGAGUUGGGCGCACAUCGAUAUUUCGCCUAUGCGAUAACCUGGCCUUGGAUUUUGAACGACUGUAAGGUCAGCUAUGCAGGUGGUGUUAAUCGUAUUGUCAGUCACGGGUAUCCGUACUCUGGCUAUAGACCUGACGCCGAAUGGCCAGGACUCACCACAUUCGAGUGGCAUUAUUCCGAGAUGUGGGGUCCGAGGCAACCUAGCUGGUCCCACGUCAGGGAGUUUGGGGAUUGGAUUGCACGAACACAAUUGAUCCUACAGACUGGCGUCCCUCGAGUGGACCUCGGCAUUUAUCGCCACAAGUACAUAUCCGUUGAUAUCAAGCAUUAUGGCAUGCCUGAAAACAUCUUCGGUCACCCCUCGCUUGCUAACAAUGGAUUUUCAGACGUCUCUGUCAGUCCUUCAAACCUGAUCUUUGACAAUGCUGUUGUCACAAACGGACUUCUUGCCGACUAUGGACCUGGCUUUUCUGCUUUCAUUGUCGAUAAUUCAACAAACAUCACUUCUGAAGCUCUUGGACGCUUCUUCGAAUAUGCUGAAGAAGGGUUUCCUAUCCUCUUCGUUGGCGGUGUUCCCGAAGAGACUCCUUAUUACUGCCCAGCGUGUGAUCAGGACGUUAAGGCUGGUAUCGAAAGUCUCCAGAAGUACCCAUCUGUCAAAAAUCUCUCUUCGGAGUCUGAGGUCGUAUCAACUCUUCAGAAUCUGAACAUCACCCCUGCGGCCCAAAAUCUGCAGCCUUGUCCGAUCAUCUAUGUCCAUCGCUGGGAUGAGCCGAAUGAUGUAGACUACUUCUGGGCUUACAAUUCCGACAUCUACAAUGAUCACGCAACUCAAGUCUCCAUCAAAGCCCACGGCACGCCUUACAACCUUGAUGCUUGGACAGGCGUGAUUACUCCCGUGCUCAAUUACACGAUCGAAGGUGAUCGUUAUACACUAUGGAUACAGCUCAGGUCAAAUCAAACUACUAUCAUCGCAUUUGCUCCCAAAGGUUUCUUCUCAAAUGUGGUCGUGCCCGACGUCCACGUGGUUUCCACUGCCGUUCAGUUCCUCAACUUCUCAGCCUCGAACAACCAAAUCAUUGCAAGAGACACGAGAGAUACUGACCACGCCAUUACUCUCAGUAACGAAACUAUCGUCACUUUGGAAUCUGCACGCGAACUCCAAGCCCCGACUGAACUCUCGGCUUGGAAUCUCGAGGUCCAAGACUGGCAGCCUGGUCCAGAUCCUAAAAACAAUUACACUUCUCUAAUCACGCACCACUACUACAAUCUCACUCACCUCCUUCCGUGGGCGAACAUCACCGGCCUAAAGAACACUUCAGGCAUUGGAACAUACACCACACAUUUCACUUGGGCCCCUGAUGCAGCGACCGCUGGUGUGUAUCUUGAUCUAGGACCUGUCUUGAUGACGAUUCGACUAUGGGUUAAUGAAGUUUGGACGGGGCCUAUCGAUGUACAAGAUGCGGUUGUGGACAUUACACCGUAUUUGUUUGAAGGCACGAAUCACGUAAAAGUUGAGGUCUCAACGACGUUGAGGAAUCGAUUGCUUCAGGUGAAUGUGACACAGUCUUGGGAGCAGGCGACAUAUUCUGCGUCUUAUGGGACACAGAUAUAUGGAUUGCUUGGGCCUGUUAAGCUUCUCCCGUUUAUUCAGACUGAGAUUCCGUUGUAG